GUUGUUUCACCCAUACACUGUCCAAACAUAUCGACCCCUCUCUCUCGCUCUCUGCAAAACCCUCUGCGCACUCUCCUUUUCUCUCUAGAAAUCAGCAUGGGAGCUGGGCGCGAACUCCAAAUCUCGCUGGAUGGAUUGAGGGAAAAGAACCUUAUGCAGCUAAAGAAACUCAACACCGCUCUCUUCCCUGUUCGCUACAACGACAAAUACUACGCCGAUGCUCUCGCUUCAGGCGAAUUUACCAAGCUAGCAUAUUAUAGCGAUAUAUGUGCUGGUUCUAUUGCCUGUCGGCUUGAGAAGAAGGAGAGUGGUGCUGUCCGCAUUUACAUAAUGACUUUGGGUGUUUUAGCAGCAUAUCGUGGGAUAGGGAUUGGUUCAAAGCUUGUAAACCAUGUUCUUGAUCUCUGCUCGAAGCAAAACAUUUCUGAAGUUUAUUUGCAUGUGCAGACAAAUAAUGAAGAUGCCAUAAACUUCUACAAGAAAUUUGGGUUUGAAAUCACAGAAACUAUUCAGAACUACUAUACAAACAUCUCCCCACCGGACUGCUAUGUUCUUACUAAGCAUAUAACCGAAACUCAACCCAAGAAAUAGUCCUUUUGUUUUUUCCCCUUCUUCCAGAUGGUGUUGUUUCGUUUACUUCAUACUCCCUCGGUUAUACUAGAUUUCUCAGUAGCAUAAUUUUUGAGGCCAUAAAAACAUGCCAGUCGCAUCUAUUUAGGCCAAGGUCUUAAGCAGUUCAUCUGUCUUUUAUUGAUCAGAUUAGCCUUGUUUCUUUUUCUCCUUGUUCAAUUUAAUUUUAUUGGGACCAAAUAAUGUUCUGUAUUCCUCCCAUUAAGCAUACAAACAUUCUGGAA